CUUUUGUCUGGUCCUCCACUCUGAACCUUAUGAUCUCCUCUGAAAUAAAUUAAAUGCCCCUGCUGUUUUCAUCACAUUCCAGUCCGUUCUCUUAGGCUGAAACAUGGGGACAUCUGGAAGCUGGUUUGCUGCACUCUUGUGUUUCCUCAGUUUGGGUGUUGAGGUUCUGUGUGUUUGCACCGAGAAUGGUUUGCAAAUACAGGGUGGUAAUUAUACACUGUCCAGAGAGCUGGAUAGAGACAGCUUACUGAUCUACCAUUGUCAUGAAGAAGGAUACUACCCAUACCCUGUUUUGACCCGCAUCUGCCAGCCUAACGGCUCCUGGAGACCUGCACCCAAAAGGUUUUCACCACAGAGAUGCAGACAUGUUGAAUGCCCUGACCCGAACGUACUGGAGAAUGGAAACGUCUACCCUCCUCAGGACAGGUACUUUGUGAACAACGAGACCUCUUAUGAGUGUUACUCUGGAUACACCAUGAGAGGCUCAUCCAAACGCAUUUGCUUAAACAAUGGAAAGUGGAGCGGCUCGACUCCAAUCUGUAGCCGUGACACCGGAGAUGUCUGUGCUGAUCCUGGAAUCCCACCCGGAGCAUCAAGAGGGGGACAUAUGUUUCGGAUACAUGACAAAGUGAGCUACACCUGCAAUAGUGGACUUUUUUUGGUGGGUUCUAGAGAAAGAGUGUGUCUGGAGAACGGCCAUUGGACAGGAACAGAGCCAGCAUGCUACUAUAAGCACACAUAUGAUACCCCACGUGAGGUUUCGGAAGCCUUUGGAAGCGCGAUUAAAGGCACUCGCACCACUACACAGUCUCUUAAUGAUACCCAAGAAGGGAGAUCAAUCAGGAUUUCAAAAAAUGGGACUCUCAACAUCUAUAUUGCUGUGGACAUUUCUCAGAGCAUUAAUAAAACUGACUUUGAUGAAGCAAGAAAAGCUGUGAUAACUCUGAUUAAAAAGAUUGCCUCAUUCAGUGUGUCACCAAACUACGAAAUCCUCUUCUUCUCAUCUGAAAUAUACGAAGUGGUCAACAUUCUCGAUUUUUUCAAUGCCAAAUUACAACUUAAUUCAAUCAUAGAAAACCUGGAAACGUUCAAAAUAGAAAACAGAAACACUGGAACAGAUCUGAACCUGGUCUUCAAAACCUUUGAUGAGCGAAUGAGUUUUAUAGAGAAACAAGCUGGAGCGGGAUUUAAAGAUCAUCGGCAUGUCCUGAUCCUUUUCACAGAUGGUGCCUAUAACAUGGGUGGUCCUCCUUUACCUACUGUUUCGAGAAUAAAAAACAGGGUCUAUAUGAAUUCAACUGUGGACAAACAGGCCAGCUCAAGAGAUGAAUAUCUCGACAUUUAUGUCUUCGCCAUUGGGGCAGACAUCUUUGAUAAGGACCUGCAGCCCCUCACCACAGGAACGGGAGGCAACCAUUAUUUCAGGAUGUCAAAAAUUAAGGAAUUACAAGAGACUUUUGAUUCAAUAAUUGACGAAAGCAAAGUUGUAGGUCUGUGUGGCCUGCACAAAGAUUACGAAACCACGUUUGACAAAGUUAGCAGGAGGAGAAGAUAUCCAUGGUUGGUGUUCAUUAUUAACAAGGGAGUAAAAGCAAAAACUUGCAUCGGCUCACUAGUGUCGCCGGACUUCGUCCUGACUGCUGCUCACUGCUUCACCUUCGGGGAUGAGGCGCAGAAUAUAGUGGUUGGAAUUGAAGAUGGAUCUGGUAGCAUAGAGAAAAACGUUAGAAGUUUCAAGCUACACCCAAAGUACAACCUCUUGGCCAAAGUGGCAGAAGGGGUGGCUGAGUUUUAUGACUAUGACGUGGCUCUUCUCCGCCUGGAUGAACCAGUGGCGCUCUCUGAUGUUGCAAGACCGAUAUGCAUACCUUGCACCCAGGAGACCAGUGACGCUCUGAACCUGGUUGGCGAAUCAACAUGCAGGCAACAAGAACAGGUCCUGUUAAAGAGUCAUCGUGAGCGACUCAGUUUCCUAACAAGGAAGGCACCGCUGGUAGCAGAAAAGGACGUCUACGCCAAGCUUGGAGAAAACAGAAAUGUAUGCAUCAAAAAAGCACUGCUGGCACCGGGCAUCACCACAAAAGACGAAAGGGUUGCUGUGACCGACAACUUCUUGUGCACUGGUGGUCGAGUUGAGCACAGAGAUCAUAUAGCAUGCACAGGUGAUUCUGGCGGUGCUGUGUUCAAGAACUACGAGCUGCGGACCAUCCAGAUCGGAGUGGUCAGCUGGGGAACCCAUCAGCUGUGUGGCUCCACGGAUGGUCUGAUUGAGUCUAAUGAUGAUUCCAGAGAUUUUCAUAUCAAUCUUUUUAGAGUGGUCCCUUUCCUUGUUGAAAACCUUGGAGAUGAUACUCAAGACUACACAGCACUGACGUUUCUGAAAAGCUAAACCAACCUGCAUGCUUUAAUCCGCUGCAUCUGUGCUCUUAAAGCAUUUUAUCAAAAAUGUGCCAUCUUUUUAGACUGUGACCUUUUAAUAGUACCCCACACCACAGACAUUCAGUGUCUAUUUGGUGUGUUUAUAUCAUGUUUGAAAAUAUGUAUUUGUCAAAAUUUCCCCUCUGUUAACCAUGGAAGAUGAUGCAUGUAUUAAAUCAGACCCUAACUCUUAUUCUGCUGUUUUAAACCUUCUGAUAAUCUGGAAGAUAACCAUAUCUUGGAUUAAAGUUAUACAUAUUAUGGAA